ACUUGCUGCCGUUGAUAAAAGCAUUCACCAUGAACCUGAAUGACCGAGUGGAAGGCAUCGGUAAUGAAAGAUCUAUCGUUGCGAAAUCAACCGAGAGAAAGAACAAAAUUCCGCCCUCGUUAAAGCUCAGUCCUGUUGAGUCAGUUGGCGAGAAAUCUCCAACUCCUGCAACAGUUUAUGAUUUGUUCAAGAAGUACCACAAAUCGGACAGUGUAAAGCCGACCGAAGAAGACAACAUGAAUGUAGGAUUUGACAAGCUUUCUACAGACGAGAAGAAUGGAUUUCUUCGAAAGCUUCAAAUGCUCACUGUUGGAAGCAAAAAAUCAUCGAAAGUAGAUGAAUCCACUCCGUCGCCUGCUAAUCGCCUACUCAAAAAGAUUGUACCAUCUCGCCGGACAUCAACAGAGCAUCCGAAUUCGUCGAAUCGAAUGCAUAUUUUUGGAUCUUCAAGAACUACAAAGAAGUCUAUCGACUCGGAAAGAAAUUCACAGCGUAAGAAAUCUGCUCGGCGACUAAAUUUCGAGAGAGACGCAGAGCAAAAGAAGGAUUCAACAAAAACAAAUAAUAGUUCAUUCGUUGCUGAAAUGACUAGAGAAUAUGAGAAGAUAGUUAUCUCGAAGGGUGCUCCCGUUCCAAUCAAUAAGGCAAAUCGGAAUCUCUACCGUAAUCCUCGUGGUUCCCUUGAGACUCCUACAGAUUCUCCGCAAAAAGGCUUCAGCAGUUCAACCGAAUCGUCUCCUUCUGACAGUAUGAAUCAGUUUCCAUCUCGAGAGCACUUCACAUCUGCAAAUGAGGAAUCUCCGAUGAAAAGAAAAAACUUCCAACAAGAACAUGGAAAUAAAAACCGUGAUAGCGACGCAACUUGGUUUGGAGAGCUUCCGCCCAGAGAUUAUACAAGUCCAACAUUCUCACGGAAGAUAUUUGUUGGAGGAGUUCCAUGGGAUAUCACUGAGGCAGCUUUAAAAGAUUCAUUUGGAGAAUUUGGUUCGUGUGCAGUUGAAUGGCCUGGACAAGAAGCACGUUAUCGCAGUGGACAAUCAAAUUUGGCUCCGUCAAAUGGGAGUUUGAGAGCUCAAACGAAGUAUACUGGACAAGCUGCUACUGGGUACGUCUACAUGAUAUUUGAAGAUGAACGCGCUGUUGCUUCUCUACUUCACGAAUGUUCUCAAGAGAUUGGAGGAGCCGGAGAAUGGUACUUUAAGAUUCGAGCUCAAAGAUCGAAAUCGACCGAGAUACGGCAGGUACAAAUCAUUCCAUGGGUUACCUCGGACUCUAUGUUUUGUGAGGAUGAUACACUUCUCGAAACAGGAAUAGAGCCAAAACGAACUGUCUUUGUUGGAGCUUUACAUGGGAUGAUGACAGCUCAAGUACUUCAUUCAAUAAUGGAGGACUGUUUUGGAGCCGUUGAAUGUGUGCAACUUGAUACGGAUAAGUUCAAAUAUCCGAUUGGAAGUGGACGUGUCACAUUUCGUGAACAUGGCGCGUAUUUCAAAGCCAUCGAGAUGGGAUAUCUGCACGUCUAUACCAGCAAAUUCCGUAAACGUGUCCAGAUAGAUCCAUUCCUCGAAAGUACAUGCUGUAUGGUAUGUAAUUCGCAGUCAGCACACUGUUUCUGUCGGAAUAAGAAUUGCUUCAAGUACUACUGUCACAACUGUUGGGCAUUGGAUCACGGAAAAGAUGAUGAUCAAGAAGUCCAUAUUCCAGUGAUUGUACCAUCGUCGGCUUCGAAAGCGUUUCCAGGAGCAACUACUCGUCGUUCGCAAGUUUCAAGCAGCUUGUCGUUGAAAAAUGGAUCUAACAAUUCUCAAGUCAAUAAUUCGAUUCCUCAUUUUCCUUCGGCAGGUUUCCCUAUCAUCGUCGGCGCACCUGCACAAACAUUGUCAGCUCUCUAUGGAUAUAUUCAAAAUGGUCAACAACUGUUGAAACCAGCCGUUUUUGAGCCACCAAUGACACCAUCACCAAGUGAGAUCAACAAGAAUAGAAGAAGCUUCACAGAGUUUUCGACUCCGCCAACAGUCUUCUUCAAUUCAACUCCUGUCAUAUCUCCACAAAAGAGUGUGUCCGACGGUUCUCCAUUGCCAGCAUACUACAACUCGGCUGCAUUCCUAACUCCACCACCAACAUACUACGGUUCUCCAAACCACCCGACAUCUAGCAACAUUUCGCAACCUCAGCAACCAUACUAUGGCGCUAACCUUUAUUAUGGCUUUAUUCCCCCUCAGCAACAUCCUUCUGCAAUGAUGCGCUCUCCCAAUUACGGCCAGUAAGCGCUUGCCUGUUUCCAUCAAAAAUUGCCAUGUUCUCAUUACUAUUCGAAUAUUUUAUAUAAGUUCCGUCGCUCGUAGUUCUGUAGAAAUAAUCAACGUAGUUUAUGUUUGCUGAAAACUAUGAAUGAGAAAACUCCCUGUGAAUCAUAUUGCAUCUGUAACAUCUUUUUUUGUUUUCCCCUGUAGCGUUUAGUUUGGGCCUUCUUAAUUGUUUGUUUUUUUAAUCAAUUUUGUUAUUUUGUUGUGUUUCUAAUCAUCCAUCUCCCAACUCUUAUCCGAAUCUGAUGCCAUUUUUCCUUGUCAUUCGCAAUCAAUUCGUAUGCCAUUUUCUUGGUCCCAUCUGUAGAUUUAAACUCUCCGCAUUGCGUUUUACCUCCCUCUCGUUUAAUGUAUACAAGAAGAAUCGAAGGUAACGUUUUAUCUUUUUUAUCACUUAUAAAAUUAUUCAUCUUAAGUACUCUUUCACAUCCUCCCCAAUUGCAUAUUUUCUCGCAGAUUGCGCAUUAAUUUUUUUUUCGAAUAAAAUUUUUUCGAUA